AUCUGAUUCUGAUAUAGUGAAGAGAGAAUAGAGAAGUAACAAUCGGUGAAGUAGAUAUGGAUCUUUUCUCAUCGUCGGCUUCGAUUGCGCAGAGAACGUGGGAAAUCGAGAACAACAUUCACUCCUUGGAAACUCACGUUCCAUCAUCAUCCUCUUCGGCGGCGGACUCAUCUGAUUCGAUCUUCAAUUACGACGAUGAGGCUCAGAACAAGGUCCUCAGGGAGAAGCCAUGGACUAACGACCCUCACUACUUCAAGCGUGUCAAGAUCUCCGCUCUCGCUCUUUUGAAGAUGGUUGUUCACGCCCGCUCCGGCGGCACCAUCGAGAUCAUGGGCCUUAUGCAAGGAAAGACUUACGGAGACACCAUCAUAGUCAUGGAUUCGUUUGCUCUCCCUGUUGAAGGCACGGAGACUAGGGUUAAUGCCCAGGAGGACGCUUAUGAGUACAUGGUCGAAUAUUCCCAGACGAACAAGCAGGCAGGAAGGUUAGAAAACGUAGUUGGGUGGUACCAUUCACACCCUGGUUAUGGUUGCUGGCUUUCUGGUAUCGAUGUUUCAACGCAGAUGCUGAACCAGCAGCAUCAGGAGCCAUUUCUGGCUGUAGUGAUUGAUCCAACUAGGACAGUUUCGGCUGGAAAGGUUGAGAUAGGGGCAUUUAGAACAUAUCCAGAUGGCUAUAAGCCAGCUGAUGAUCCUGUUUCAGAAUAUCAAACCAUCCCCUUGAACAAGAUCGAAGACUUUGGCGUACACUGUAAACAGUAUUAUGCACUGGAUAUAACAUAUUUCAAAUCAUCACUUGACUGUCACAUCUUGGAUAUGUUAUGGAAUAAGUACUGGGUGAACACUCUCUCCUCAUCGCCUUUGCUGGGAAAUGGAGACUAUGUAGCUGGACAAAUGUCUGAUUUGGCUGAAAAGCUAGAGCAAGCUGAAAAUCAUUUGUCACAUUCACGAUUUGGGCCUCUUAUAACUCCUUCUUCUUCAAGGAAGAAAGAGGAAGAAAAUGAACUUGCGAAAAUAACUAGGGACAGUGCAAAGAUAACGGUUGAGCAGAUUCACGGAUUAAUGUCACAGGUUAUAAAGGACAUACUAUUCAAUUCAGUUAGACAGCCCAGCGGUGGCAGCAGCAGCAGCAGACACAGUUGCUGUGAACAUUCUUCUGGUCCUGAACCUAUGGUUGAAACCUAAUCAAAAUCCUCAAUGGAUUAGCAACUCUGUUUCUGACAUAUAUUUUCCUCUCUCUUUAAACCCCUACCCUAAACCUUGACGUUUUUUUGCUCUCUGUGAAUUGAAGAAAGCUAAGGAUAUUCAGCAGCUUAUUCUCCCAUGGGUUUACUUUGCCAAUUGCUUUUGCUUAGGUAUGUUUGAUACAAUUCA